AGCCCUAGGCGCACAAAGCCCGCGCCAGUCGCCCGGCCUCGGCGCCCGCCGACGACUUUGCCGCCUGCUCCGCGGCUCUUUGUCUCCACUUGGGGCGGGCGCCCGACUCUGGGAUUUCGCUGCGAGAGCGGGCUGGGGGGGCCGGGGGCGAGCUCUCGGUUCCCCGGCCGCCCCCCGCUGGGGUUCGGCUCCCCCCUCCCCCGCACCUCUUCGGCCCGGGCUCUCGGCGCUGCCACGCUCUCGGAAUCACGACCCCUCCCUGCCAUGUAUCCGCAAGGCAGACAUCCGGCUCCCCAUCAACCCGGGCAACCGGGAUUUAAAUUCACGGUGGCUGAGUCUUGUGACAGGAUCAAAGACGAAUUCCAGUUUCUGCAAGCUCAAUAUCACAGCCUCAAAGUGGAGUACGACAAGCUGGCGAACGAGAAGACGGAGAUGCAGCGCCAUUAUGUGAUGUACUAUGAGAUGUCCUAUGGCUUGAACAUUGAAAUGCACAAGCAGACAGAGAUUGCGAAGAGACUGAACACAAUUUUAGCACAGAUCAUGCCUUUCCUGUCACAAGAGCACCAGCAGCAGGUGGCACAGGCGGUGGAACGUGCCAAGCAGGUCACCAUGACGGAGCUGAACGCCAUCAUCGGGGUACGUGGACUCCCCAGUCUACCUCUCACCCAGCAGCAGCUCCAGGCGCAGCAUCUCUCCCAUGCCACACACGGCCCCCCGGUCCAGCUGCCACCCCACCCGUCAGGCCUCCAGCCUCCAGGGAUCCCCCCAGUGACGGGGAGCAGCUCUGGGCUGCUGGCACUGGGCGCCCUGGGCAACCAGGCCCACCUGACAGUAAAGGACGAGAAGAACCACCAUGAACUUGACCACAGAGAGAGAGAAUCCAGUGCGAAUAACUCUGUGUCACCCUCGGAAAGCCUCCGGGCCAGUGAGAAGCACCGGGGCUCCGCAGACUACAGCAUGGAAGCCAAGAAGCGGAAAGCGGAGGAGAAGGACAGCCUGAGCCGAUAUGAUAGUGACGGGGACAAGAGUGACGAUCUGGUGGUGGAUGUCUCCAAUGAGGACCCAGCAACGCCCCGGGUCAGCCCCGCACACUCCCCUCCUGAGAAUGGGCUUGAUAAGGCCCGUGGCCUGAAAAAGGAUGCCCCUACCAGUCCCGCCUCUGUGGCCUCUUCCAGCAGCACACCCUCCUCCAAGACCAAAGACCUUGGUCACAAUGACAAAUCUUCCACCCCGGGGCUCAAGUCCAAUACACCAACUCCGAGGAAUGAUGCCCCAACUCCAGGCACCAGCACGACCCCAGGGCUCCGGUCCAUGCCGGGCAAGCCUCCAGGCAUGGACCCGAUAGGUAUAAUGGCCUCUGCCCUGCGCACGCCCAUCUCCAUCACUAGCUCCUAUGCGGCACCCUUUGCCAUGAUGGGCCACCAUGAGAUGAACGGAUCCCUCACCAGCCCUAGUGCCUAUGCAGGUCUCCACAACAUCCCACCCCAGAUGAGUGCUGCUGCUGCUGCCGCUGCUGCCGCCUACGGCCGAUCGCCAAUGGUGAGCUUUGGAGCUGUUGGUUUUGACCCUCACCCCCCAUUGCGGGCCACAGGCCUUCCCUCAAGCUUGGCCUCCAUUCCUGGAGGGAAACCAGCGUACUCUUUCCACGUGAGUGCUGAUGGGCAGAUGCAGCCCGUGCCCUUCCCCCACGAUGCCCUGGCAGGCCCCGGCAUCCCAAGACACGCCCGGCAGAUCAACACGCUCAGCCACGGGGAGGUGGUGUGUGCCGUGACCAUCAGCAACCCCACGCGGCAUGUCUAUACAGGGGGCAAGGGCUGUGUGAAGAUCUGGGACAUUAGCCAGCCGGGUAGCAAGAGCCCCAUCUCCCAGCUGGACUGCCUGAAUAGGGACAACUACAUCCGCUCCUGCAAGCUGCUCCCUGAUGGGCGCACGCUCAUUGUGGGUGGUGAGGCCAGCACGCUUACCAUCUGGGACCUGGCCUCACCCACACCCCGCAUCAAGGCCGAGCUGACAUCCUCAGCUCCAGCCUGUUACGCCCUGGCCAUCAGUCCUGACGCCAAAGUCUGCUUCUCCUGCUGCAGUGAUGGGAAUAUCGCCGUCUGGGACCUGCACAACCAGACCCUGGUCAGGCAGUUCCAGGGCCACACUGAUGGGGCCAGCUGUAUAGACAUCUCCCAUGAUGGCACCAAGCUGUGGACCGGGGGCCUGGACAACACCGUGCGCUCCUGGGACCUGCGUGAGGGCCGACAGCUGCAGCAGCACGACUUCACUUCCCAGAUCUUCUCCCUGGGUUAUUGCCCCACCGGAGAGUGGCUGGCCGUGGGCAUGGAGAGCAGCAAUGUGGAGGUGCUGCACCACACCAAGCCUGACAAAUACCAGUUGCAUCUGCAUGAGAGCUGCGUGCUGUCCCUCAAGUUUGCCUACUGUGGCAAGUGGUUCGUGAGCACCGGGAAAGAUAACCUUCUCAACGCCUGGAGGACGCCUUACGGAGCCAGCAUAUUCCAGUCUAAAGAAUCCUCGUCCGUCUUGAGUUGUGACAUUUCAGCGGAUGACAAAUAUAUUGUAACAGGCUCUGGUGACAAGAAGGCCACAGUUUAUGAGGUCAUCUACUAAACAAGGACUCCGACAGGGCUGUCAAACUCUGGGAGAAACCAACUCGGCUCUGACAGGGAGCCCUCUGGGCGAGGGCCCCCGAGGACGGCAGAGGAGGGGCAGCGAGCAGCCCAGCGUUCCGGGGCUGCGCUCCGGCAGGCUGAGAGGGUGUGUGCCCCUGUCCGGUCUGGACUCUGUGUGCGGAUUGACGUGUGUCUGCAGACUCAGAUGGAUCUUUCUCUGCCUCCUCCCCCUUAACAAUGCUGGCACGUGCUACAAAUAGAUUUAUUUGGAGGUUUAUGGCUCCGGGUCCCCACAGACACCCAUGUCAUGAAUCUCUGUCUUUUCCUCCCCUUUCUUUUGACCCGUCCCCUCUGCCUCUGGUCAGGGAUGCUGGAGUGGACCACAUUGUUGUACUAGGGGAGGGAGGAUCUCUUUUUCCCUAUUGUGCAGUGCACAAGGUUUGUGAAAAAUGUAAAUAACAGACUUCCUAUCUCGGACUGAUCAGUGGGGGAGGAAGCCCCUUCCCACCAGAAACUCUCGCCGUGUAUUUCGCCUGCUGUAUUUGUAAUCCACUCGUGGUGGUGGCUUUUUUUUUUUUUUUAAACAGAUGGUCCAAUCUGGGAAGGGGAGGUAGGGGAAGGGGAGGAGAGGAAGAGUGGGGAGAAAAACCUUAGGGUGCAAAAAAGGAGCUGCAACUGGCAACCAGACUGAACGCAGGGUGCCCUCCAGGACAAGUGUGCCUCUGUGUACGUCUAGCUCGAGUGCCAGCCAGGCGGAUGGACCGAGGGACAGCACUGAGACUGGGUCCAGCCUGGGCUCCCAUGCAUAGAGACUGCGGAGCUUGCUGUGGUCUCCUGGGCUCCGGCUGCCCCUUGCCCUGUCUCCCCCUCUCUCAGGCGUCUGUCCGUCGCUCGUUCUGUCUUUUCCCCCCUCAGCCUCCGUCUUUCUCUUUGGUGCAUACUUGGUUAUUGUGACAAGAAAUGGACGUUCAAAGAAAUCCCCUCCAGCCCUUCUUAAUCUUUGGACACAGCCUAAAAAGGACAAAAAGUUAGAGGAAAGCAUAGCAACUCAGCUCAGGGAGCUACCAGAGAAAAAUAGCAACUGAUGUGGGUGCUUUUUUUUUUUUUUUAAUUUGAAUAAAAAGAAUUAGAAG